CAAACGACAGAUCUGCAACCAAUCAAGAUUAUAUAAGUGGACAAAACAACAAUGGGAGCCAGUGAGUCCAAGCCCGAGAUAAAGAUUAUCCUUGCUGGGAAAACAGGAGUUGGAAAAAGCAGCACUGGCAAUACAAUUCUUAAAAAACAAAUUUUCCAAAGUGAAUCUUCACCUGUUUCAAAAACCAAAGAUUCUACCACUGGAAAUGGGAUGGUUUAUAAUAGAAAGAUUAAAGUUAUUGACACACCUGGAAUCUUAAGCACAAGUGAUGAUGAGGAGAAAGUCAAAGAACAGCUAAUUAGAGCACUUCUCGACUGUGCUCCAGGGCCUUUUGUCGUGGUUUUUGUUUUGAAAGUUGAAAGAUACACAUCACAAGAAAGAGAGAUCGAGACAAAAAUAUGGGAAUAUUUUAAAGAUAUUGAUUCUAAACAAGCAUUGGUUUUGUUCACUCAUGGUGCACAACUAGAAGGUCAAACCAUUGAGGAAUUUGUGAAGAAAAGUCCAAGGCUACAGGAAUAUGUUGAAAAAUGUGAAGGUCGUUGUCAUGUCAUUGAUAGCAGAUAUUGGAAAAAAUCUUUGUGGGGAUACAAGAGCAACAGGUUUCAAGUGAAAAAGCUGCUGGAUACCAUAGACAAAAUGAGAAAAGAGAAUGAGUGCUACACCAAUGAGCUGCUUCUGAUAUUAGAUGAAGAAAUUAAAAAAGAGACUGAAUUAACUGAUCCAAAUUUGUCUCAACAAGAGAGAGAAGAAAGAGCUAGAAUGGAAGUUUUUAAAAAGCUUUGUAUUAGGUUUGCAGGAGUGGCGACAGGAACACUGGUUGGUGCCAUUUUGGGCAUCGCUACUCCAGUGGCAGCCCUUGUGGGUAUAAUGAAAGGAGUGACAAACAUCUCAACAACUGCAGAGGAAGUAGAAAAGGAACCAUUAUUAGAGUCAGAUGAAGCAACAGCAGGGGAGAUAAAAGUAACAGCAGCAGCAGUAUUAGGAGCCACGGCAGCUGCAGCAGGAGCCACAGCAGCAUCAGUAGGAGCAGCAGCAGGAGCCACAGCAGCAUCAGUAGGAGCAGCAGCAGGAGCCACAGCAGCAUCAGUAGGAGCAGCCGCUGCAGCAGGAGCCACAGCAGCAUCAGUAGGAGCAGCCGCUGCAGCAGGAGCCACAGCAGCAUCAGUAGGAGCUGCAGCAGGAGCCACAGCAGCAUCAGUAGGAGCAGCAGCUGUAGCAGGAGCCACGGCAGUAUCAGUAGGAGCUGCAGCAGGAGCCACAGCAGCAUCAGUAGGAGCAGCAGCUGUAGCAGGAGCCACAGCAGCAUCAGUAGGAGCAGCAUCAGUAGUAGCAACAGCAUCAGUAGGAGCAGCAUCAGUAGGAGCUGCAGCAUCAGUAGGAGCAGCAGCUGCAGCAGGAGCCACAGCAGCAUCAGUAGGAGCAGCAGCUGCAGCAGGAGCCACAGCAGCAUCAGUAGGAGCAGCAGCUGCAGCAGGAGCCACAGCAGCAUCAGUAGGAGCAGCAGCAUCAGUAGGAGCAGCAGCUGCAGCAGGAGCCACAGCAGCAUCAGUAGGAGCAGCAGCAUCAGUAUCUGCAGUAGGAGCAGCAGCUGCAGCAGGUGCCACAGCAGCAGUGGAAGCAGGGGUUGCUGCAGGAGCAGCAGCUGGAGCAACAGCAGCAGCAGGAGGAGCAGUAGCGGCGGAGGCAGGAGUUGCUGCAGGAGCUAGCAUUGGAGUUGCAGCUGGUUCAGGUAUUGCUGUGGGUGCUGUCUUUGGAGCUGCUGCUCUUGCAGGAGCGAUUGGAGGAGGAAUCACUGGAUACAAAGCAGUAGAUAAUGCUGAUUCUGUGGUUGAUGCCAUUAAGAUUGCAGCCAAAGCUAACUAUGAGAAUGUAAAAGGGGUUUAUAAAAAGGCAGAGGAACUGCCUACUAAAGUUCAUGAGAAGUUAAGAAGAUGA